UGAAGGGUUGGUGAGUGUGAGCUCUUGGCUGCUUCUCUCUCCCUCUGAGUCAGAGUGGAUCUCCUGUUCUGUGGGUUUAUCUGAUCAGGAGACGAGAGAGAGCAGAGUGCUGCCACUCAAACCUGCUACUACAACAUCAGAACCUGGAGUUUCUCCAGGAUGGAAAGCCUUCAUCAUCUUACUGGUUAUCAGCCUGUUGGUUUUCACUGUAAUGACAAUUUUCAGCAUCCCCAAGAUCAGAGACCGUAUUUUGCCAAAGAAUCCAAAGUCUGCUACAAAAGAAGAGCAAACACAUCUCGUUGGAGAGUUCACUCCACCAUGCCCAGUUUCAGCUCUGAGAGAAAUAAGCAGAACUGAUGGAGCCACUCAAACCCCAGUUUCUGAAAAAAAGGACAAAGAAACGAAUACAGAAAAAAGAAAAGAAAUUCCAGACUGGGAAAAGAUGCUCGCAUGUAAAGUUGCCAUCAGGCCAGUCACACCAACUGUACCUUCUCUUGAUGUUGGAAAGAAAAAGUCAAGAGUAAUGUGUACAUCAGAUCUCAAUGACAAGACAGCAUUUAUUCAUGUUCUUUGUGAAGAGAGAAUUAGUUCAGGGCGGUACUACUGGGAGAUAACAGUAAUGAUAGAACCACAUACCUCAAAGAAUGGAAAGUCAUAUAAGUGUUCAUCAUCCUGGUAUGUUGGAGUGACCAAUGAAACAGCAGAGAAGAGGAGAAAAGUUCCUUUAACUCCACAGAACGGCUACUGGGUUCUUCACUAUGAGAAAGAGAAAGGUUACUAUGUUAAUGAUCCCUCUCAGACUCCUGUUCUAGUGAGAGAUCGGUUCUCAAAGCUGGGAGUGUUUUUAGACUGUGAGAAACACAAACUGUCUUUUUACGACUGUGAUAAACAGACACAUCUCUACACUUUCUAUGAUGUACAUUCAACACCUCUGAUUCCAGUUUUAAGUCCUGGAGACAAACAACAACAUACAAUCAUGAUAAGUCAAGAAAAAUGUGUGAAAUGUGAUGAACUUUAUCAACCAUGAGGAUCGAGUGUCUGAGUGCUGACUCAAGAUCAGUCCUCUGUGUUUUUAUUGUGUAUGUAUAGUAUUUCAAAAGCUCAAUUACUUAUGAAUGUAAUGUUUAAAAAAUGGCACAUUUGGUUGAGAGGGGCAAUGAAACUGGAGAGAAACAAAGUACAGAGAAAAAAGAAGAUCUGAAAUAAGAGCAUCUUUAAUUUCAUAAAUGAUUUAGAACCAGCUGCCUGUCACUCUGCUCAAUAAAAUAAAGUUUUAAAAAAC